AUGUAGUUUUUAGAAUACAGAAAAUACUUUUGUUAACUUAUAAAAAUUUAAUUCUAAAAUUUGAGUUUAAAAAUUUUGAGAAUUUUAAAAGAAAUUAAAAUUAAUAUAAAUAAAUAACUAAUUAAAUAACUUUAAAUAAGCUGUAAAUUUUUUAUUUUGAUAAAAAUUUAAUGCUAAACACACUCCCAAACGAUAAUAAAUGCAAAUCAAAAGAUGUUUAGUAUGAUAACUUAGAAAAGCUAAGAUUAGAUCUAAUAAAGUUUGACAUUAAUAUUAAUUAAACUAUUAAAAAUACUUUUUUAAUUUAUUUUUAAGUAAUAAAAUUUAACAAUUCGUUGCUCUAUAGUAAAUAACACAAAUAGAUCAGCUAACAAAUAUAAUAGAUCUUACUAUUAAUUUUCCGUAAGCUGA